AUGAAACCAUCUUUAAAUCUAAUACGAUUAUUACAUUAUAAACAAAAGGUUAAUAAAUAUCCAGUGGUAAAUUUAUCAGAUGUUGAAUUAACAAAACCAAGAUUUGGUUUUAGAAGAAUUAGACAACCUAUAAUUGCACAAUCAAAAAUCACAAAUACUUUAUUUCCAAAUUUUGAAUUAGCUAAAAAAUAUAUAGAACAAGGUAAAAGAAUACCAAAUAGAUUUAUGAAUCAAACAACUCCCGAAAUAGCAAAAGAAAAUUUUGAAAAAUUUCAAGAAUCAAUAGCAUUGGGAGAACCACAUUUUAAAUUGGGAAAUAAUAAAGUUUAUUUUCCACAAGGUAGAAUAUGUUUAUUAAGAAAUAAUGCAAAACAUACACCAUAUCAAGCUAAAUUUUUGGUACCUAAAGCUAUGAAUAAAAUGGAUUUAAGAGAUUAUUUAUGGAAUAUUUAUGGUUUAAGAGCUUUAAAUAUAACAGUUCAAUUACAACCAGGUACUUGGAAAAGAGGUCCUUGGGAUUUAGGUAGAUAUAGAUCACCACAAUUGAAGAAAAUGACGGUUGAUAUGGCAGAUCCAUUUAUUUGGCCAGAAGUACCAAAAUCAUUAGUUGAUUCAUUAGAAGAUCAAAUGAAAAAUGGAGAAAAAUUUGUUGAAUUGAAUACUGCAAAAGGUUCAGAUAAAGAUAAACCAUUAGAAAAUAAUGAUGGAAUGUAUAAACAAGAUAAAUUACCAAAUACAUAUAUUCCAAAAAAUAAAAAGAAAAUGGGUAAAAAAAUGGUUAAAAUUUUCAAUAAUGAAAUGAAUAAAAAAUCACAAAUGGAACAAUUAAAUAAAUAUUUAAACUUGUAA